AUGGCCAGGGAAAAGUUAAGACUCUCGCUCUUCUUUGCAGAUCACUAUCGCAAUGUUGUGAACAAAUAUGAUUACUUCUACAAAGAAAAUCACCAAGGUUACAUUCCCAUCCUAAUGAAAUGUUUGGACUUAAAGCCAGAGCACGUGGUCGCUGACGUUGGUAGUGGAACAGGCGCCAUUGCAAAAGAUCUCUUUGAAUUAUCAGGGCUUCACAAUCCUAUUUGGUGUGUAGACCCCAUUUGCAAGAAGUGGCUAGACAAAAGAAAGGAGUUUACCCAAAACGGCCGAAGAAUUUUCUCGAAUCCACAAAUUAGCGACAGGUUUGACCGAGUGGCUACUAUGGGUGCACAAAAACCCCGAUGCUGUCUAUAA